AUGGAGCUUGCCAUAUCUGCACUAACAGGUGAACUUGUGAGCCGAUUUGUCUCCUUUCUCACCAACAAGUACCACUCCAGCCGCGCAUACUCUAAAGAAAAUCAGCUGGAGAGGCUACAACAACUCUUGCUGAGAGUUGGCAUGGUCAUCGAGGAGGCGGACUCGCGAUACAUCGUCAACUCAUGUAUGCUCAUACAGCUGAAGAUGCUAGCGGCUGCCAUGUACCGAGGCCAUCAUGUGCUUGACACCAUCAGGUCCAUGAAACACAGGGAGUUCUUAGAGAAACAGGUAUGGGAUUCGUCCACCUUAUCUGUUUCUACUCCUUACAAACGUUCUCGCACGGUUGGUAGUAGUUUAGCAACAAACAUGGUUACAAUCAACUCCGAGUUACAGAGUGCUCUGCAAAACCUAGAGGCUGGUGUUGCUAACAUGGUGGAGUUUGUCGUGCUUUUGAGCGGAUGCGAGCGCAUCUCUUGCAGACCCUAUGAUGCCUAUCUUUAUAUUGACAACUUCAUGUUUGGUCGGCAUGUCGAGAAGCAGAAGAUCUUGAUGUUCUUGCUUGAAUAUGACUCCCCUGGUCGCCCGGCCGUUCUUCCAGUCAUUGGUGGCAAUGGAGUUGGGAAGAAAACUCUUGUCGGCCAUGUAUGCGAUAACGAGAGGGGAGGACAUUGGUGGUGAUCGAGUUUGCUUCAGAUGUAGAUGAAGAUG